GUGUGGCGGAAGCCUGCAGUGUUGACAGCAGAGCGGCACGGCACGGCGCGGCAGGCGGCCCGCCACUCGCGAUAACACGCGCUAGCAGCAGCUGCUGGGCGGAAAAGGCGGGAGAAGACUGCCGCUUCCGCGUCCGCGCAGCACAGACGACGCUGGGGCAAAAUGGACGAUAAGUUAAUAUUGGCUGUAUUUAAUUACCCGGAGCUUUACAACGUUACACUGCCGAAUUACCGCUGCACAGAAAGUCGGACAAAUUCCUGGAGAAGCAUCAGCAUGGAGCUGGGACUUCCGACCGAGGAUUGCAAAAGAAGAUGGAAGAACAUGAGAGACAGGUACCUGAAGGAGGUCCGAAUGGAGCUUAAAAGCAAGAAGCAGGGAGAAAACGUUCAAAGCAAAUGGAAAUACAGACAACUUAUGAACUUCAUUGCGCCGUUCACUGGGUCAAGAAGUGGACUGCAGGAAAUCUCUGCCAACAAUGAUGAGGACCACGACAACCCUGAAGACUCUAGCAACGUGGAUGGAGAAACCGCUUUGUCAGAGGCAAUCAAAACACCACAGAGUGCUGUAAAGGUCCCCGCGAGUCUGCCCGACCUCAAACCACAGGUGACAUUUGUAACGCAGCUUCCUCCAGCGACUCAGGACACACAGGUGGCUCAGCUGGCUGUUCUGGCCAAGAUACCAUCACCCCCACAGGUCUCGCCUGUCACUGGCGUUACUGGACAGAAACGGAAACCGGCCCAAGAGCCGCCGUCUGCACCUUCCUCCCAAAGUACGCCCAUGCCGACAAAAUGGUUGGUCAAAGACAAUGUCCCUCUUUUCCCACUAAGCCGCGGGACGAGGAUGAACUGUUCCUGCUGA